UAUUGUAAGCGGAUGAUCCGUUGACAAGCCGGAGGUCCGCGUGAAGUAUUAGACUUAUAUUUAAGAGACUAACAUAUCUUACUAGGCAAGCUGAGGAAAGUAAGGUCCAUAUUGCAGCUGUUUCUAAUCAUUAUUUAUUGAACUUUUUUCCAGUCAAGAUAAAAUGUCGGCUGCAUGGGAUAGUUAUAUAGAUAAUUUAAUAGAACGCUCUAAAUCGAAUGCAGACAAGGCUUGUAUUAUAGGACUCGAUGGUUCAAAAUGGACAACAGAUGGCCAUAAGAAUGCCCUCAAGAUUACUGCAAAGGAAGCUGUUAAUAUUGGAAAAGUGCUUAAAUCUGGCGAUUUCUCUUCACUUUCGAGUAGCGGAGUAGUCGUUGGUGGAGUCAAAUAUCAAUUUUUAAGAGAAAUGGAUAAAAAAAUUGUCCUUGCUAAAAAGAAAGACAAUGGUGGACUUACAUUACAAAGUUCUAAAUCAGGUAUAGUGAUUGGCCACACAAAAGAAGGAGGUUCACAAGGCAUUGUCAACGAAGCGGUUUCCAAAAUAGCAGAAUACCUGGAAUCUGUAGGCAGAUAAACUAAUGAAUUAUUUAAAGUUAUCUACGCAUCACGACAAACUGUUCCUUUUGGAAGUUGAAAAAUGUUAUAAAAGAGGUGCAUAACUGACUUCGAUAUUCUAGUUCUAUUUAUUAUA